AUGGUAAAAGGAAAAGGAAGCAAGAAGGGCAAGAAAGCAGACAGGAGAGCGUCAACAACUGCCUUGAAUGGAACAACUGUGGACGAAGAUGUUAAUUAUGGGGAUGACAAUGAUCCACUUGACCCCGAAGACUUGGAGUAUUUUCAGGAUUCUGAUAGAAGUUUUGCGUUUCUCCAAAAAGUAGUAGCUGAGUAAGUUUGUGUCAUGAUUAUAUGAGCUCACCUUUGUUUCAAAUCUGGUGCGUAAACUUCGAUUUCCCAACGUUACGCAUGAUUCUACAGGUUAUUUUGCCUUUGGCCCGAUUCUCGAAUACUUCUGGCAUUUGCCUUCCACCUGGCUAGACAACCUCUGUACGGUAAUUCCAUCGCUCACUCCGGUAGCAGCAGCUGCCCCUUUGUCGUUUCGUCUUUUUUUGGCUACCUUCUCCUUGUAAUUGUCCCACGUUUGUUUCCUUUUCGACAUGUUGCACGUAGAAAAGUGGCACGGGCGAUUGACUGAAGUGAGAAAAAGCACACGUGGAACGCUUCGUUACGCGCUAGGAAUUCUGGUCUAUGGCGUUGAUGGGCCUGCAUGGGCUAGAGACUUUUUUAUUCAAAAUUAGAUCACUGUUGGUAAAAUUUUCAUAAAACAAAAAAAAUGUAUAACCAAAUAAAAUAAAAAUUACGAAAUAAAUCAGAAUAAAAAGUAAAAAGAAACAAUUAAAGUUAAAAAAGGGAGAAUGAAAAAAUAAAAUUAGAUAAAAAUUAUUAAAAGAAAAGAAAUUUUUAAAAAGAUAAAAAUAAUUAAAAGGAAAUUUAAAAAAAAGAUAAAAAUAAUCGAAAGAAAACAAAUUAAAAAGAAAAAAUAAAGAAAAAUAGAAUGGAAAGUGUCAAAAUUUCACCAAAAAAGUGCAAAAUUGCUAUGGCGUUAGCGGGCCACCAUACACUACUAAUAGGGCAAUAUUUCCAACUGGUAUUUAAGGAAUGAACGCAGUCUUUAUCAUCUGCAGGCUUAGCAGAACAUGUAGCAGACCUUGUAAUUGUACUUUGCAGUGUAUAUGCAUGUGAUCCAGUUACAUUAGUGCCACUUACGAUCUGAGGCCGAAACGAUGGCAAAGUUGGGAUCGGAUGAUCUUCGGGCCAGCAAGCCAUGCGAACCAUGCGGUGUAUGACAUUUUCAAACUGCAGACCGCAGACUGCAGACUACAGACCGCAGACUGCAGACUGCAGACUGCAGAUCACAGAUUGCAGAUUGUAAAUUAAAUGACAGCAAAAAUCUUUCUAAUAAAGGUGACAUCAUCAAAAAUGUAACCUCGUGUGAAAGUGAGAAAGUAGCCUGGUUGAUAUUUUUGCGCAAAGUUACAUUGGACUCAUUCCCAAGAUGCUGUUGGCUAUUCUUCUUCGACCCUUUCUCAACUCACCCGGCUUUAUUCUUCUUUUAUUAUUGUGAAUUGAUAAUGACAAGUAGCAAUGUCCACUAAUGCCUGUCUAAAUAGUAGUCUUCUGUUAAAAAAGUUUUUAGAUUGCGAGCACUUUGUGCUCACUACAGUUAUGUCGACAAAAACAACUAGGAUAGAUCAAGGACUUUUAACACCUUUUAAAUGACGUAUUUCAUCUUAGCAGUAUUUAAGGAUAUGCCAAAUAAUCUAAAAUGAACAGAUCCUACCUGGACUCGAUGAAUUACCAGUCAGAACUGCAUUUUGAAUUUCUAAAUAGGAAAAUCAUUGCUCUUACUCAAGUUCAAGUACACAGGUGGGGACCCCGUAGAAUAAGGAUUCCGGCGCUGUUUCUCAGACAGACUUAUAUAACCGUAGUUUAAUUUCGUCUGUGGUGUAGGCUAAAUUGCUAGACUGUUGCUAUGGAAUCAUGAGCAAGUUUGUGACAUCGGCAGACAUUAUUCUGCUCUAAUUGAAUACGAAAAGAACAGCCAACAGCUCCUUUAGGAAUGAGGUCUGUGCAAUUUGCAUGAAAAAUAUAAACUUCGCUUCUAGGCCUUACUUCUCGCAACAAGGUAAUGUUGAUGAUGACGCCACCUUUAUUACGAUAUUUUUGGUUUCAUUCAAGUAACAGUCUUGCUCCUUCAUGCAGCCUGCGGUCUGCAGUCUGCAAUCUGCAGUCUGCAGUCUGCAGUCUGCAGUCUGCAAAUGUCAUACACCGCGAACCACGCGAGCCAUGGAAAAAACAAACUUUUAUGAAAUUGGAAAAGCAUGAAAAAUGUUUUCUGGUUAGUUCUCUUUAGGUACAUGUAUGUGAGGUUUUGCCGCUUGAGAUAUGCAGAAUUGUGCAGUCUUGGUCGACUUUCACUGAUUGCUUUAAGUGCUCAUUUUAUUGACUAGGUUUAAGCACUCAUUUUGCGGAUUAGGGUUAAGUGCUGUUUAGGUUAACUUAUUUACAACUGUUUUCUCCGGGUACUCUGGUUUUCCCCUGUCCUUGAAAACACUUCCAAAUUCUAAUUCAGUCUGGAACGCAGAAACAUGUUUCAACAAGUUCUUAAGAACUCUUAAGUGCUCCAUGAGUUUAACAAUUUUAAUAUAAUGUCAAUUUUUUGCAGGGUCAGAGAGCCCUUAAUAUACAUGUAAACUGCAACUCUUUUUUUUAAAAAACCUUUUAUGUUCUCUGGCUUUUGCAACUAGUCUAGUAGUCCAGUCCAGUUUAACUCUUAAAUAAUAAAUUUGUGCAGAAUUCACGUCUUAGAUAAGCCAAAAAUAAGAAUAAUUGUAUUGAGAAGUUCAUACAUUAGCUGGUGAAUCCAUCUAGUGCAAGAUUCUUGUACUGUAACUUGUCAUGAGAUUAAGAGGUAUUUUUGGUCCCACUUAAGCCUAAUGUGGCGAGACUUAGAUGCAAAUUUGCAUAUUUAUAACAUGUAAAUGUUUUCCUUACAGUGUGCCAGGUGGCGGAAAGAAACGUAAAAGAAAAAAGAUAGAACAAGAAGAGGAGGCUGAUUACGAGAAGAGACCAAGAACAAUACAAACUGAGCAGGGACGUAAUGAAAGAGUUCUACUGCCUAUCAAGAGUAAAGACAGCAUUAUACCAAGAACAGAAAAAAUACCCAUUGUAGGUGUGUACAUGUAUUUAUUUGCAUGGAUUCUUGUCUAUAUGUUUUGUGGUUCAAUUAAUAAUCCUUGCAUGCUUUAUGAAUUUUGUUUUUCUUUCUUUGAAAGUGAUCAUUAUCUUACAUUACCAUACCCAAAAACAAAGGAAAAUGAUUUAAGCCACCAAUUAGAUUGUACUUACAUCAUAUAAUAUUAUUUAUCCUCAUGGAAAUUUUCUUUGUGAAAUUUUAGUAUUAGCAUUAACAAACAAUAAUUAUUCCCUUGCCACAAAUGUUGUUGUUCACCCUCUAUUUGUAGCAUAAUUCUUGAGACAUUGUAAUGAAAACAGAAAAUUUGUUCAAGUGUUCAUUUUGGUGUUUUAUUAUGGAAUAAUUCAGAGUGUAUUCCUAUUCAAACAUAAGGUCAAUCAAACACUUGAUACCUGAUAUACAGGUACACAUGCAAUCUGUGACCAUCUUUCUCAGUUAAUCCAAUGUUUCAGAUAUUUCCUAUUUUUUUCCUUCCAGAUCUUCAGGAACACACUGAGCAGACAGAUCCUGUAGAUCUUCUACCUAAAACAAUCCACCAGAGUACAGAGUCCCCCACACUUCCCCCCACAUUAAGUAUGGUGGAACUCUUCAACAAGAGAAGACAGAAAUUAAUGCAAAGAAAGCUUCGGAUCGCUGAACUGUCAAAUAGCAUUUUGGAAAACCCACAGGAAAGUGUAAGUAGAGAGCCAAAGUGUCAUUCCCAUUAUGCCCGUUGCUGUCUCAUGAAUUAUUGAGAAGUUUCCGCCCGGAUGUAGUUACAAUCUCGCAGUUGCUAGUUCAGUGUACUUAUCGCCUGGGUAAAAUAAACUUUCGACUUUUUUCUUUGCUAGGGUUUCUUUGAAUAGCCUGUUUUCCAGGUAAAGCUCAGUUUCUGAAAUCACUUGGAUUGUGGUGCAUAAAGGAACUGCAUAAUGAAGUACUCUGGGCAAGGAUUCAUUUGUUCCUUUGAUGCACCAUUAUCUGAGUGAUUCCAGAUCACUGAUGCUGAUCCUGAUCAUUUCAAGGGAAAGUGCCAUAAGUAAAUGAAACUCAGAAGCUCUUUGCACAUUAAUUUUAUUUAUGUUUAUGUGGCACAGAACAAAAAAAAAUUGCAAAUAGCAAUUUUAGCAGAAAACUGCCUCUUUCUUAAUAAGUACUCCCUUUUUUUCUUAUUUUCCUAAAUUUGCCCUCUUGUGUCAGCUUGUUUAGUAUUUAUUAAAAUUUUUCAGUGCAUGUGCAUGUACAUGUACAUGCAUGAGUGCCCUUGUAUCUGACUAACCUUGCUCUUUAAUGAACCCUUUAAGCCCUACAGUGUUACACCCUCAUAUCAGUUCUCCAUGCUUUUCGUUAAAGAAUUACAUGAGAGAAUUUGGUAAAAAAUAAAAGUGUUUUUCAGUUUGGAAUUAUUAUUAUUUUUUUAUAACCCUUUUUCUUGAUACUAUGGAUAUUGAUAGGAGAAAAAUAAUGUUGGUCACACCCUGUUGGGUAGGUGCCAGAAAGUCCACAGGAAAAAAUAACGGAUUCCCAUUUUUGGAUAUUUUAGGGUACUUAAAGAAUACCCACAGAAAUCCCAAAUUUGGAAGAGUGAGACAAGUCCCAAUUAGGGAACUUGGUUGGGAAUUCCCUGAUUGGGACUUGUCUCACUUUGCCAAAUUUGGGAUUUUUAUGGGUAUUCUUUAAAUACCCUAAAAUAUCCAAAAAUGGGAAUCCAUUAUUUUUUCCUGUGGUCCUACUCACAUAUUAAUUUAUUGUUAUUGGUUAUUCCCUUGCAAGGUGUCUGAGUUGCAAGAGCUGUGUAAGUUGUGUGAUGAGAGGGAUACAGAUGUUAGAAUUACCACUAAGAAGCUGGCCAUGGUAUCCCUUUUGACGGUUUUCAAGGAUAUUGUACCAGGGUGGGUUUGCUGCCACUCGGCCUGUUGCUUUACUUUCUAUUCGUAGGCUACAUGUACUAUACCUCAAGGAUGUCACUAAGGUUUCAAGUUGCUGGGCAAUUACAACGAGUAGGCAGGGAAUAAAACACCUACAAUGGAAGGGAUUUCUCUUGUUUCUAUUUUUCUUCUAUUUUCCUAUGAAAGGAGCUAGGGGCCUCAUUCAUACAUGUAGUAGCUGGGGGAAAUCCCUGGCCCCCACCUCUUAACGACAGCCCUGACGUCAGAUAGCUCUUGCACCAGCAUGAAAACCUUACCAAGUAAGGCUUCUGUUCACACAUACGAACAUCCAGUUUGGCACAAUAAUUUCUGUGACAGAGUGAAACUACAUGUACACCACACUGAUCUCAAAAGAGUUACGUCACAUAAUAAUCGCGUAGGUAUUAAUGCCACACUUUGGUGCAGUGUCAACAGGUAUUGAGACCGUAGUGGAAGUGAAUAAGUAGGAAUAAGGAAUGGAAUCCACUGACCUGGAAGUAAAUAUUCAGGAGUGAGGACUGAGAUUUAGCUUCCCAGAUCCUCUCAGCCAACUGCUCCUGCAUGAUGUUCAAUGGGUAUGAAUGAUUUGUUCCAGUUCUGUGGAGUUGUAAUUCACACUAUACCGGCUAGAUAGCUUGUCGUGUAGGCAGAAAAUGAUAUCUGGUAUACUAUAGUGUGACUGGAGCCUUUGGAUGUCCUUGUAUUGGUUAGUCAUCACUAAUAACAAGUUGUCAUUAUCUUGCUCAGAAGAUAAGCCCUCAAAUACAGUACGUGUAGCAAUGAGUUAACUGAAAAAGGUUGUUUGUGAGCAGUGCCAAUGUGUUAACAUUUUAUACCUGGAAAUCAGGCCCCAGUUGUUGAAAAGAUGGAUAACACUAUCCACCGGAUAAAUUGCUAUCCAGUGGAUAGUGCAAUAAAAAAUUAUUGGUUUCCCUAAAUGCUUAUUCAGUAGAUAGCGAUUUAUCUGAUGGAUAGUGCUAUCCAAUGUUUGAACAACUCGGGCCAGAGGGUUUGAAAAAGUACAAGAAAACAAAGAUGUAUUACCUAAUACGGUAUACCUGUAAUAAAGUUAGUAUCUUCUACUCUCUUAUUUCAGGUAUCCAAUUCGGAGACUUACAGAAAAAGAGCAAGGUGUAAAAGUGAGUGCCCUUCAUUGACACUGUACAAUCAUUCCAAAUACACUGUACAUGGGAAAUGGGCAACCUUUAUCUUUAAGAAGUGCACACAGAUGUUAUAAACUCAUCAAAUUAAAAACGUAUUUGAAAUUAAUGCAAUAUCCAACUUUUCCUUUUGCUGUAACUUUCUUUUCUUUAUAUACAAUGUACAUGUUCCUGUGCUAACUUCCUGUAAGCCAGUUUCACUUCAUGUCUGUAGAUAUGACUUGUAUUUCUGACAAAUUUUCUUUUGGAAAUUGUGCAUGCAAACAGCACCAUCAAAAAGUCAUAUUUUCCACUGUGUACACUCUCAUAGACACUAGCUACCCAUCUCAAGAAAUGAGCGAUGAGUUAUUACAAAAAUACUUAUGCAGUGUACAUGUAUACAGUUAUGGUGAAGAACUGGACCCUUGGGUUGUCUAAGACAUCUACACAUUUUUAAUAUGACAUAUUAAAAAUGGUAGAAUAAUUUUCCCACUUUUUUCCCAUUCAGUUAUCCAAAGAAGUUAAAAAACUGAGAGACUUUGAAGAAGGAUUGCUAAAACACUAUCAAGAGUACUUGCAAAUCUUGGAAACUACUGUUGAGGGUACUUACUAGCUAUUUUUAUUUGUUGUUGGGUUUUCCUUCGAAGUGAACCAUUUUUCUUUGUGAAAUAAAUUGAUGUGUUGUUGAAAAUCAGUGUUACACUUUGUAUGUGACAGUGUGAUAAUAUGCUGCAUUUCGUGUUUCAGUCAGUUUUAUUUGAUAUGAUUUUUAUGACAAUUGCCAUGUUAUUCUGCUUAUGUAUUCCUUCAAUUCAUUCUUAAGAUAAUACAUAGAUUCUUAAAAGCAGCAAUUAUUUAACAAAAUAACAGUGACCAUUCUUGCUUCCUUUUCUUAAAAUAAUUAUACUUUAAACUUUAUUUCCAACAAUUUGUCACUGAUUAUUUAUCACAGGGAAUAUUUUUCUUAAUUUGUUAUUCUCGUUGUUGUUGGAGAAAUACAAAAUACUCACUCCUUAAAAAAGUGGUGUAUUUAAAGUUCAUGUUUCCUAAUUUGUACGUAAUUAUUUCAGAUUACUCCAAGAAUCAAAAGACAACCUCAUCUAAUGGUGUACCACAGAAAAAUGUUGCAUCUGAGGUGCAGUAAUGCCACAUUAAAUAUUUUGUAAUGGCUACAAUGCAUGGAUGUGGUUCCAGUUUGCAAGGAGCAUAUCUUAAGGGGUGGGGUACGGUUGUGAGUGAAGGAACCAAAUUCCCCCCCACCUUCCUCCUUCUUGUAUCCCCGCUCUAUGAAUUGUUCCGCUCUCCACUACUUAAACGCCUACAAUAGGCUGAAUAAUACAAACACCGUUGAGGCUGUUUUACAUGGUAAGUAUAAGUCAGGGUAAGGUAUUUUGAGCAGUACAGGUAGCGACAGUAAUUUCCUCUCCUAUGGCAUUUGGGAACAGAUUUUUUUAUCUCCGGAUACAGGUUGACCCUGUUAAGAUACAUCUUUGGUAAGAAAUUAAUGAAACGUACUGUACGAAAGUUCGGCCGGAGAAGUUUCAUUUGAAUGCCGUAACACCAAAGGAUUUCUUUCACAGCUUUUAAAGUUAGGGUGACAUGAGAUCUUGCCAUAAUAAAAUAUUGUUCCAUAGUUAGGGUGGCAUAAAAUCUCGUCAUAAUUUCUCCAUGAGUGAAAGAGUUAACUUGAAACUGGAGAAGUGGACCAAAAUUAAUGAUACAUGUACAAAGCAUAUUUUCAAUAACACUGACAAUGCAUUUUGAAUGUCGUUUUAGAGUGUGAUGCUUGUGGCAGUACAGUGUAUGUGUGAUCUACUGACAUCUCUGCCCCAUUUUAACUUCCACACAAACUUGGUGGCUGUGCUUGUACCACGAAUGAACGAUAAAUCCUUGGAUGGUCAGGUCAGUCAAAGGACGGAAACCGGUCGUUUCGCCCACGCGUCGUUUCUCUAACGUCCCGGUCGCGAACGUCUUGGGUCGUUUCGCGUACUAAACGAAACGAGAGCUUCACAUACAAAAACCUCAUUUUUUCAGCCAUGACACGAAAAACGUCUGAUGCGUAUGUGUUACUUUACACAUCGUUCUUUAAGCCGUUAAUCAGGCGAAAGAAGUUGGGGAACUGACUUAGCGUGGUAGCGAAACUACUUAGGCGGCGAAGAGGACGAUAACGAAACGACUGCAAAUCCAAAGAACGAGCCUUUUUAUGAAAUUAGAACUUGUAGUAGCUAUCUUUUUAUGCGAUUUUGUUUUUUUCCUGAACGCUCUGAAUGUUUUUGCAAAUCUCUGUCCUUUCAGGUUUCAAAGUUGUGUUACAACGCCUUUGUCACUUUGUUCAAACAAGAUUCCGUUGGUAGUGUUUCUCUUGAGGUAAAUUAUUCGUCACUUCUAGCUUACAUUUUACGCAAAAACAUUUCAUUAGUCAGUCCUUCGGAGAUGAUUUUUAUUUCUUCAUUAUCAUCUGUGUUCAAGAUCACAACGGUUAUUUUGUCACACUAAACACGAAAACAAUACCGGAUGGAUCUCCUGUUCACACAUAAGAACGGUGAUUUCGGUGCGAUUUCUGUAACGGAGCGAAGCUACGCCGUGCCGAUCUUGAAAGUGGAGCGUCAUAUAUCAGAUAGGUUCUGUGACACAUAUUGGUGUAAUGUGAACGGGUAUUCGCACCGUGGCGGAAGUGAGUAAGUAGGGGCGAUGACUACAAUCCACUGGGACGGAAGUAAAUAUUCAGGAUUUAGUUCACCAAACCCUCUCGGCCAACCGUUCCGGCGUGAUAUUCGAUGUGUGUGAUCAUGACAACACCGCGGCAAAAAGCAAUGCGCAUGAGCACAAAAUUUAAUAUCCAGUCAGCUUUUUAUUUCCGGUCUAGUAUAUAAAUCAAUAGCGUAAGCAUAACUUUGCCGUCGCGCCAGGUUUAAAAGCAAAAAGGGCGAAACAGACAAAAAAGGGGGCCAAAAAAAUCACUUCAUUCGAAAGCUUAUAUAUUUUUCUAUUCUCAAACUUUUGCACCACAUGGUUAUCUGUUUGGACCAACGGUGAAAAUGAUGUUUGAAGUUUGCAGGUCGCGAGCGCUCGACACGACGAAUUUGUUUUUACUGGCUUUCUUGCAUGCUACUGGUUUGGCAUAAGUUAAUUUGGGAGAAGGCGACAACUAAGAAAAGAAUAACAAUACUUAUGAAACAAACCAAAAUAAAGACGUCAUCAUUAUCAUAAAAAACACUAAAACCAGGAAAUAAAAUUUUAGUCCGUUCAAUAAUUUGUUUUAUUAUCAGAGAAAACAAGAACUCAAAACAAAAGAUGGGCGGGAUUUAAUAACAACUUUGACUUUGAUGACUGCAGUCACCGGGAAACUAAACAUGCCUAUAAAUGGCUUUCAUUCAAGAAAAUGCCUAUUUAAUUCUUUUACAUGGUCGUUCUUUUGUUGAAGACUUCAAUAAUUUCAGACUGUGCGGCUCGGCUGCAUCUCAUGCAAACACGAAACUUCUAGCUGCUAAAUACAUGGCAUGAAAAGUUCGACUUCUAAAAGCCACUGAACCAGCUUUCGCUCUCUGAUUCUGAGAAUGGAAAAAUAAAUAAAUAGAGUUGUCAACUUGCUGCCAACCGGCUCAACAGUAUAAUUAAGCUUAUGUUUCAUGGCAAUCAACCCUGAAGAGUUUCGUUUUAAAACGCGGUAAAACCCACUGGUAAACAAAACUACAAAGCGAUUGUGUGUUGUCAUUUUCCAAAUAAAGUUUGAAUCGGCUUUAACACAUGUAGACUGAGAAACUGAAGAACUAAAAAUUAGAACUACAAUACACAAGCUUGCAAUGAUAACGUUUUAAUUUUAUGUCUUAGUUUCAGCCAGGUUAAGUGAAAAAUAACAGUCAAAAACUUUAUUUUCGUGAAUGAAAAUCAGUUUACCUGACGCUCUAGCCAAAAUUACACACUGAGUUAUUAUCAUCUUACCUUUUGUGAAUCUAAUCGACUAAUUGUUUCAGUGAUCUGGGCCUGGUUAUCCAUAAAAGCAAUUUCAAUAACUACAAAAUAGUCAAAAACACGAGCAGCAUAAAGCAGAACAACUGAACCACAAGCUGCACACAGAAUGAAGCGCGCGGGAGACUUUGACUGGAAAGUGUGACUGAAAAUGAGACCGGAAAUGCUCAACUUGGCGCAUGCGUAGACGUUUUGCCGCGGUGUUGAUCAUGACCGACGUGUUCCAGUUUCCUGCCUGUUGCUGUUCAUACUAUACCGGAAAGCUUUUCCAAUUCCAUUCCAUUCCAUUCCAUUCUUUAUUCACACUAUAUAAGAUAUUUACAUAAGUGCACGUAGGUGGGAAAAUAAAGUAGCUGACAAAUAAUAAUUAACUAAAAGUACAUUAAGUUCAUUUGUGUACUGUGUCCAAAGUAGCAAGAGCUUUCUUGUUGGACACCGUCAUGUUGAAAUAAUUGGCAGCAGUAAAGAGAGGAAUAAAAUCUCAAAUAAUAUCAGUGAUAGAACAUAUAAGCAAGGUCACAUUUGGUUGGUUAGAAGACAGGACUUCCAGGACUUCGUGUCGAAACGAAAAGGUAUCCGUUAAAAGGUGAACAUAGCCUUAGAAUAAACAUAAAAAGUCAAUUUUUCCCCCUAAAAACCUAUUAGCAGUAAUUAAAUACCAUUAAGUAAGAGGGCUUAACCAGUCCCACCAUACUACUCAUGAUCUGUUCGUUUCAGGGUAAGCUGUAUCUAUUUACUUACCCCGGCGCUUCAUACCCUUGUUUUUCGAUUUCAAUUUUCGGGACGAUGUUUUAUGCCGGAAAGCUUUUACGAUGAGGCGAUUGUGAAAUUUAUAUAGUUUGUACCGAAUCGGUUUUGGACCGUUUUGUGUCGUGGCUAUUCGUACUAUACCGGGUCAAUUUCUGUGCCAGCAUAAAAAUUGAUCAUUGUAAGAACAUAGGCCCCGUUGCCAAACUUGCUUAUAUUUUAAUUUUGCCGUGGAAACAGUUUCGCCGACUGUCUAGCCUGAGGGAAGGUUUCUUUUUUAGAAGAGAGGGAAAAAGGACAAUAUAUACAAGGGGGAAGGAAGACCAAGGCUUCCGACUGUUAGCCCCACCCUGUCCCCACUAGGCUGUCAAACAACCUGAUCACUAUUGAUUAUAGCCGUAAAAGAACAUGGAAAGGAAUUUUGUCAACAUGUAAUAUGGAAACAAUCAUCUCUAACGUCUCGAUGCCUCUUGAACAAGAAUGAAUACUCACUUUACUUAUUGGCCUCUAGCAGGCUUUUAUUUUCAGACAGUAUGCAAUUUUCUUUGCUUGUAUUGAUUUCUUGUUUUUAUCUUGCUAGACUGUGAAAGUUAUCAGUAAGUUUGUGAAAAGUAAAGGAUUCAGAGUACAGCCCUGUGUUAGUAUAUUUCAGUGCUUUGUACAUGUACUUGUAUAUGAGUGGCUCUCAAGAAAACGGUAAUGGAGGAUGCUAUAGGCGAAUCUCUGUUUACAUUUUUUGCAUAAUUAACAAAUGCUUAUCAUUAUCUGAUUGCAGAAGCUAAUGAAGUAAAAACUCUUAUUAUUGAAAAAGCAUAACAAUUUCAGUUAUCUCCGAAAAUUUGAGCCCAAUAUACCGGAUAGUUUCGGAGAAAUUCUCUUUGAAAACCUCAAACCUUACAAAUAAUACAUGAGCUCAUUAACGUUUUUGCCACCCAUCAAUUUCGCAGGUUGUGAUUGCUGCUAGUUCCAUUGUUAUUGAUUCCAAAGAGCUGAAAGUUACUAAUUUGUAUACAGCUAAAUCAAAAAAGGUUGCUUUGGUAACGGUCGUUUGAGCAUAUGGAACAAUGCAAUGGUUUGCUUGAGUGAUCACCAAACAAUAGCUUCCCAAUGCGCAAUUCCCGAUUUCCAAAGCAACCUUUAUUGAAUCAGCUGUAUACGGCGACGUCCUUUACGGGAUGACCCGUAUGCUAAUGAGCAAAAAUGUAACAACAAUGACGUCAGCAAGGAUUCGCAUCAGGUCUAAGCCCGUGUCCACACGUAUCCGGAUAUCUUUUCUUAAAAGAGGGAACUUGUCUAGGGAGUUCUUGGGGGUGGGGGAGAAGCUCCCCAGUGCUCCGCAAAGAGACUUUCAUUUUCAUGUCUUUCAUUUUACUGAUUUUUGCUGCAGGUUUUGCAAACAUUUCUUUACUUGCGGAUAAACCAGCUCGAUAUCCAAUCACUGAAACACAACAACGAGAAGAAAACUGCAGUAGAACUGAAAAUUGAGAAAAAUAAAAAUAGAAUGGAAAAGAAGCUGAAAGGAAAGAUGUCCAAAAAAGAGAAAAAGGUAUGCCAUCCUACACUGUACUGUAUUGGAAAUAUGUAGCAGAAGAGUGGGAUUGCCGCUUUUUUGAACUUGAUAUAAAUAAUGGUAGCUAAUGGUCGUCAAUUACAGAUGUACAUGUAGAGUGUAGAAGUUUCCCUUUUAAACGGAGUUUAUAGGUCCACGAGCCAGUUCACAAAAUAGACGUUGUUUCAGCGGUCUUUUAUCUUUCGUUUAUUAGAAGCCUUUGAAUGAACUCACAGUUCGUGUUUUGUUAAGUUUAACAUUUUUUUUAACUCGUCUGCUUGUUUAUUUAAUUUAAUAUCAUGGGUACCAAAUUACUCGUUUAUUUUUUGCGCGAAAUUUCAGCGUUUAUUUAUAAUUUCCCAUGUGAAAUUACAAAAUUGCUAUGCUAUUGUUACGAAUGUCUCAGUGCCAAGAUGGCGUAAAGGUUUAAAAACGCUGUGAAUGAAGAUGUGAGAGCAUUGAGAGUCGCUUCAGAAAACCUAAACACACAAAAGAGCCGGUACUUUGAUGAAAACUUAAGAAAAUUAUAAACUCACGCCAAAAUUUAAGUUCUAAAUUUUUCAGCGUGUGUAGUUAAAAACCCACAAUUGUGAGCCUAAUUUGUCACCCAUGAUAUACCACAUUAACGUGAUUUGUGAUCUUCAGAGAAAAAGAGAAAUGAAAAAACUGGAAAAAGAACUUCAGGAAACUGAAGCUGUGGAAAGCCAACAGAAGAGAGCAAAACUGGUGAGUGCUGGUCAUUAUUUUUUUUUUCCUUUAAGAACAUACAAAUUCUCCAUAGUGAUCUCCAUACUUUUCCUUAAAGAAUUAGUCGAGAGAGUUUGAUAAAAGAUCAAAAGAUUUUGCUUUAAGUGAUCAUUUUAUUGAUUCUUCUUGAUUGUGCAGUGAUGUUGUGAGGACAAAAUUGACGUCGUUAACUGCUUGGACGACGGCGACGGCAGCAAAAACGUCACUCAAGGGGGCAAUCCGCGUUGUUUCGCACUUCAUCUCUGUCAUUCCAUCUCGUUUGAUUUGGGUAACAAACGUUUUUCUGGAGUAGAGUUCUCGGUUUGCGAAAAAAAAAAAGAAAAAGAGAAAGAGAAUAUCGUCCUCUGGCGUUUUUACGUCCUCCAUAAAAAGUGAAAUUUGAAGUUUCACAUCAUACUCGUGCAGGAACGACAACGAAAUAAACGCAAGGGCCCUUGUUUAAUCUACUAUAAAGCUUCUGCUUCAAUGAUGUACCCGUUGUUGCCGCCGUUCUGGUUGCCAAAGGUCCCUAGCAUUUUUACUUGACUGUAUACGUGUAGCAUGAAUAUCUCAACACCACUUUUGAGACAUUUUACUUGAAUUUUUAAUGUGUUCUGAUAGCUAACUUCUGACUCCUUCAUUGGAGUCUUUGGAUAUUUCUCUAUCUGUAGGUAGUGAGUGUGUUUUCUAUUUUCGAAAUCUUCAUAAUGCACUAUGUUUGUCCCCUUAAAAUUUUGUAUAAACUGUUGUUUUCAAUUAAUGCUCUUGGGAUGAUUGCAUAUUCCCAGGAUCAUUUAAAAACAGCGAGUUAUGUUAAAUUUCGGGAGAAAACAGAGUGUAGUACAGGGUUUUAGAAAAUAGUUAAUACCUGGCUUUACGUACUAAGGAGGUUUACUAAUUUUGAAAGUCUUUCUUAACUUUUACAGCAAACAGAGAUCCUGAAGUUUGUUUUUGUGACAUAUUUUCGAGUGUUGAAAACAGUUGGCCAUUCACCUCUCUUGUCUCCUGUUCUGGAAGGACUCGCGAAGUUUGCGCACCUUAUCAAUGUUGACUUCUUCAGUGAUCUCAUGGCCGCACUUCAUGAUUUACUAAACAACAAGGUGAGUUAUCUACAAUAUGGAGCUUAAGCAAAGACAUUUGUGAGCGACGCUCGUCAACCGGAGGUGGACUCUUGGCAUUCAUGGGCAGUGGUUUUGUCCAAAUUUUCGGGCAAGUCGUCGCUAUGACAGUAAAAACACUUACAUGUAGCAAUACAAAUUUGGUUGCGUCAAGGCAUAUUAAAAGAGAAAAGGCUUCACUUCCGUUUGAAAGUGCGUCGCUCAAAAACGCCUUACAUGAGUUCGGAUACUUUUGAAAACGGAAAUCUUUUUCUCAGCUUUUCAGAAAAAUGCGCGUCCACACGUAGUGUAUUUGGAUCGCUUUCGCCCAUCGACAUGAAAACUCUAAAACGAUUGUAAUACAUUUGUACCGUUGCAUCCCUUACAGAGCAUACGUUAAUGCUAGUACAUAGAGUAUAAGAUGUAUGACAUCAUCGUGUUCGAAAACGUCCAUUUUCGUCCGUCCAGACGAAAACGAGAAGCAUGCGUUUUCAGGCAUCUUCACUCUGCGAUAUUUUACAGCGUUUUUUUCUUGUUGCAAUGGAAAAUCCUUGUUACUUUUACGAAUUUUGGUGCAGUUUGCAAUUCUUAUUGAGUUUGUUAUUCUUGAUGUAUUUGCCAUUUCUUCUAUACAUUUCUGCGAGCAGUUUCCUUAAAACGUUUUUUGUCAAAACUGCUACCCAGAUUUGCUGGCCAAUUUUUGCUACAGCUUGCAAUCCUUGUUAAAUUUGUUGUUCUUGCUAUAUUUUCUAUUUCUUCCAUACAUUUUUAAAAACCUGCGUUUUUGAUGCCAGGAAACGUCGAACAGGUGUGGACGGAGGGCUGAAACGGAGAAAAAAUCUGAGGUUUUCAAAAUAUCCGGAUACGUGUACACGUCCUCAUGUAAAAACACUUAAAAUAGGGCUUUUUCACGGCCUAGUCGUGUGGUGACGGCAAAGAGAUGUACAACAAAUCAUGAUGCACGCGCAAGCCUAUUGCAUUUUUGUCUUUCUCGUUGCCGUCGCCGUCGUCGGAUCUUAAGGUUUCUUGUAUCGCCAACACUGUUUGGUAAACAAGCCCAGGAAGGUUUAGUUACUUAUUUUGCAAAGGCAGUACCUUAUCGGUCCGGCCAGCUAGCGUUCUCCCACUCUGCUUGCCUGCGAGGAAGCUCUCCGGGGCUCUCUGGCGGCGGGGCGGGAAAAGGAAGAAGAGCUUGCAUUUACGUCUCUAGAAUUUGAAUUCCGCCUCCAAUUCGCCUGUGGCUCUUUUUCGACGGAGCUGUCAGAUUUCCGCCAAUCAGUGCGAAGCGGAAACGAUCGCGAAUGUAAACAAACAUUGCAAAACACGUGCCCUGGGUAAUGACGUCGUCACUUAUGCCAUCUCCGCUGAUCAGCAUUCCGUAUCGACUUUUUCGAUGCAGAUGUUCAAAUCUCAGAGACGUAGUUGCGAGCUCUCCUUCCUUUUCCCGCCCCGCCGCCAGAGCCCCCCGGCGUAGCUUGCUCGCUAGCCUCCCACGCAGGCGUUUUUAGGGGAGCUCGUAUUUCUUCCCUCCCCACAAACGCCUGCUCAACGGAAAACAACAUUCCUUUCUCAUUGUUUUAUUUGCGUGGUAGGUGACCAAUCAACAAUUGUGCAAUGAAGUGUUGACAGGCUAAACACGACUGAACGUGACCUUAGAGUUACCGUUUUCCUUCUUUUCUUUCCUUCGCUAAGGUUAUGCAGUGCACGGAGUAUUCUGAAUUUUGACUAAAACUUAUUUUUGCCGCUCUGAAUCUAACAUUUAUUGCAGGUCAGAAAGCUUUCCCAGUGUUUAAUGCAGAUCGAGUAAUUAUCAGAUUACCUUGCGGUCAAGGUCAACUUUCCAGAAUUUGGAAAGUACAAUGUGAUUGGCUAAGCUUGGGAAAGGAAUGUUGUUUUCCGUUGAGCAGGCGUUUGUGGGGAGGGAAGAAAUACGAGCUCCCCUAAAAACGCCUGCGUGGGAGGCUACUUGCUCGCAGGCCAUUACUCUGCAGUCCAAUGCGCUACUGAUUGAGCUAACCUACCAUGGUUCUAACUGUGGCGUGUGUGUUUUGCAGGAACUAUCCCUUAGGGAGACCCUCAACUGUGUCCUUACAGCUAUAAAAAUCCUAUCGGGCCAAGGUUAGAAUCGUUUUUUCCAUCAGAGACCUUUAGAUUUUAAGACGAGAUCGACCACGAGGACUAGAUUUUCUCAACACUAAGUAAAGUGUGCGUGUGAACCAACGUCAUUUUGGCAGGAAAACGUGGUAACCGUCGUCUUUUCACUGCGAGUUUUAGCGAGAAUGUAACAGCGUUGUUAGAAGUUUUAUCAUUUUGAAUACAGUUUUGGCAGUUUGUGAGUAUAUGUCUUUUGCCAAAUCAUGGCAAGAGAAAGGUUGCAGCUCACAAGCUGAAACUUGGCAAGUGAAAAAUAUACUGAUGAAAGAUUUUGAUUGACAGGUAAAACUUGACGUUUUCGCAGUUUCCAUGGCAACAUGAAUGAUUAAAUACAACCUUAAAAUUUCACUUUUCUUCAGUUUACAUAAAAUUCGCUCAUUAGAUUUUCCUAUAAACUUGCACACAGCUUACUAUAACUAAUCAUUACCAGUUGAAACUUAUUGGAUCAAAUUUUAACAGACGGACUUUUAGAUAAUCAAUAAUAUAAUUGUAUUGUAAUUAUCAAAUGUGUCACGAUAUUCUUGUGUUCAACUUCAUUUUAAAGUUUUCAUUAUCUAAAAUACGAUAAAAGUAACAAUUUUGCCAAAUAUCACAAAAUUUUAAUGAGCAGAUUUUGAGAAAUCGUCUUCUGUGUACCAUUGCUUUUUUCGUCGCCGUGUUUGUUUGUCUAAUUAAAAACACGCGCGCUCAUGCGAGUUACCGCUGACCGCCCGCAAAACUGUGUUCAGCCACCUUAACCUCGUUUAAUAAAAAUAACCGUGCCAACUUUUCUAGUGAAAAAAAAAAAAAAAGCACAAUGAAGCUUUCCGGGGUAUAUAUGUUUAGAGAAUACGCGAAAAAAAAAAUUUAGUUACAUCUCGUCCACGUGGUCUUCCUCGUUCUUGAAUUUAAAGGUCUCUAUUGUUUGUAACGUAACGGCUGGGAGGAGCCUGUGUUGAGCUUUCAGGUAGUAGGGACAACACAAAAACAAGCCAAGCGAAAAUAUGACGCGCGUUAUCUGUGGAAGGGAGCGGUUAGUUAUCGCAUCCUUUUUUUGUAUCUUGGAGCCUUGAACAGACUAGGGCGGAAGCGAAGAAUAAAUACUAUACUUGAUAACAAACAACGGGUUUUAGUAAUAUUGUAGGGAAUCUAGGUUUCAGCACCGUUUUCAUGCCGUUUUUUGCAAAAAAACUUUCUGAUGUGACACGUGUUAACCCAAUCAAAAUGGACCAUUUCUCCAAAUUCCUGAUAAUGAACGGCCCAGGACAAGUCAGGGCCCGUCUAAAGUCCUUUUAAAUGAAAGCUGUUGUUUUUUACAUUCAAGAGCGAGGUUCCCCAAUAGUUUUGCAGAGAACAUGUUAAAACUAUCGGUUAACAAAACAAAACGAGGGGGCCUGUUUUCUAGGACCAUCUCUUUUAUUCUUUAGAUUCUGAUUUGAAUAUUUGAUUGUGGAGUAAAACACUGUCCAUUGAGUCCCACUGAAUUAAUAUAAACUGGUUUUAAAGAGCUGACCUCGGUCAAUAAGAAGCUGUGUAUGCUUGUCAUUUAACAGGGGAAGCACUAAACAUUGAUCCCAGGGGCUUUUAUAACACGCUGUACACUAAACUGCUCCAAGUUCAUGUUGGUAAGUGUGUAAAGAUAAGAAAAACGUAGCUGCUGUAUUUUUUCAUUUUGUCAAUAGAGAGUUGAAUGUGCCAUGUCACAGGAUAUUGCUGUUUUAGGUCAAUUGUGUACUAAGUUAUACGUUUCUGGGAAACUGCCCACCUACCCCUCCCCUAAGCCACCAUUUUGCCCUACUUACUUUACCCGUACUCAAAAUCCCCUGUAGAGAGCACUAACCGCCCAUAAUAUUUGUUUUGGAGAUUUUUCUAGGAAUACAAGAGAGGAUUGAGAGAAACCUUUAAAACUUUAAAAAACUGACCCAAUUUUCAGCCCAAUCUAUGUCCAUCCUUGCCAUCAGUAGCAACAGAAGACAAGAAACAUUUUCAAUGUCGAGAUAUCUAUAGUCUUGAAUAACAAUUCUGGACCAUUUUUUUGGCUAGCCAGCAUCAAAUGCCAUUAGAAAAAAAAAUUCAUUAUGAUUGCUUGCUUUCAUUUUCGCGUUCAUGAAAACAUGCUUUGGAAACCUAUUUUUUUAUCGUUUUCGGAAACUUGAGGAAUUAUAUGCCUCAACAUAUAGGGGUAAUAGUGCUUUAUUUCGUCACUCAGAAAAGUCGACUUCGGGACAAGCCUUAGGGCGCUUCCCAUUUGUCAGAAUUGGCUGGCCGGACCAUUGCCGGACCAGUCAUUUUGACAAUGAAAUCAGCUUUUUCCAAGGGCUUUUGCUGAAGAACCAUCUCUUUCUUGCCCUCUAUUUAGGAUUUGACUGAUCUGGCUGGAUAGUUUUGAUUAAUAGUGAAACUCUCAUUACGACGGGAAGAGUCUGGCUGGUCCGUUCUGGCAAAUCGAAAGCGCCCUAAGAAUCCAGCCCAUCUGGGGUAAACUAAUCUUAAGCACCAGUUGAAAUGAUUACCGAUGGCAAUAGAAAACCGGAAGCAUCCGUUUGCCGUUUACCGUAACCGUUGUGCAUAACAUUUCUGAUGUUAUUUGUGCGUCUGUUUAUUAAUAAAGGCUUUAGUAGCGAAGACGUUCCCGUAGUGCUCCAGUGUCUUGAGGAAAUGCUAAAGAAGAGAAGAAAACAGGUAGGAAAGUUGCAUCGUUUGGAAAUUUGAAAAUCCUUGAGGACAAUAACAACUGUAUGACUCAUCAGGUUCAUCACUACAGAAAUUUUAUUUGCGCUGAUUUGAUCUUUAAUAUGGCUGGCCGGAAGUAGCCAUAAUAAUUUUCGUUGUCAAUUGUAUUUAUUUUAUGGCGUCAGUGGAUUUCACGGAAAGUUCUUUUGGCUGCAGAAUGGAGUACAUUUUAUAGAGACUGCAAGGGUUGGUGAAAGAACAAUUUUUCGCUUCAACUCAGCUAUUCAGUAGUCUUGCACCUUUUCACUACCUCUUUUUAAAUGGGUCAUUAUACGUUUCUGGGAAACUGCCCACCUACCCCUCCCCUAAGCCAACAUUUUGCCCCAAGUGAGAAGUAAGUGUUAACGUUGGCUUAGGGGAGGGGUAGAUGGGCAGUACCCCUAUAUGUCGCAGCUCUUCUGUUUACGGGCUAGGUUCUAUUGUUACCUUUGUUCGUUCAUUGUUUUCCCAACCAAUUGACCAUUUUACAAUUGUGGACUUAGUACCCUAGCCUUCCAGUGAAUGUGAGGCUGAGGUUAACCUUGUUUUGAUACAAACCUCCUUUGCUUUGUUAUGGAAAUUGUCCUUGAAAAUAAUAGUUGGCAUAAGAGUAACUUGAUUUACAUAAUAAAGCAGGAAGGUUUGUAUCAAAACAAGGUCAACUCCAGCCUCUCUUCCAUCCAUAACUGUAAAAUGGCCCAUUCAGUAAGGUCUUCUGAGAGCUGCAAGGUCUGAAUGUUGUUGCUAUUUUUUUUGCUCAGGUUCCUAUACAAAGGGUGGCUGGAUUUGUAAAACGCCUUUGUACCGUAAGCUUGCAGUCUCAAACAAAUGGGACACUGGCUUUUCUGUCUUACGUAAAGUCAUUUCUACAGGUAAACACAUGUCCUGGACCUAGAGGGUUUUCUUAAUUUUCACCCACCCAACGGUAAAGAACGUCGGGGUUUCCAUUUGCGUGGACUGGAAAAAUUGAUAAAAACCUAUUGGAUCUGGUAACUUGUAACCAGAACACUAUUGUCAAAAUCGUUGUCACCUAAAUACUGAAAACCAUAAACGAGGAGACCCAACUAUUUUCCAUGGGCAGUUGUAUUCCAACGUGAAGCAACUUCCAGUUCUUUCAUCGGCUAUUACGUCAUUGAUGCGCCUUUGUUUACUCGGAGCGUGGCAACGUUGAUACCAUAUGAACUGUCGUGGUAGCCGAGAAAAUAAUCAGGUUGUUUUGCUCGUAAAGACAAGUAUGCUUUAGUCAUGCUGUGUUUUUCCAGUACUGCGCUGGCUCGACAUUCGUUCCUUUACAAAUAUUUUCUAGAAAGUUCUUGAGUCUCAUUAUUCAAGUUUUACGAUUUUCUGAUGACAACGUUUGCUUCAUAGCGGAGUGUAAACUGAUUUUCCUUUGCUCCGCAGUCAGCCCAGUUAUUUAUCUCACGUACUCUUUUUUUCUCCUUUCUAGUCUCAUACUAAAGUGCAAGCAAUACUCGACAGUGAGAGCAUGGGCACUGGUUUGUUUCGACCGGAUGUCAAUGACCCAGAGCUGAGUAAUGCUGAUAGCACGACAGCCUGGGAACUAGCACUGUUGGAGACUGGACACUAUCAUCCAGCGGUGAGGAUCGCGGCUCAUCACGUGGCCGAGGGAGCGCCAAGCAAAGGACAGUUCUCUACUAUGAUGAGAAUGUAAGUUAACUAACUCAUUUCUGCUGAACGGUUGGACGAAAAAAAUGUAUGUGAUGCUUUUGGGCCUUGUGGUUCGAAAAGUAGACAACGCUAUCCACUGGAGAAAUCAUUAUCCAGUAGAUAACACAAUUGCUUUUCCUAAUACGUAUCCACUGGAUAGUGAUUUAUCCGCUAGUUAGUGCUAUCCAACGUUUCAUAAGGGAUGGCCUGUAGUCUAGUGAUAAUAGAAGCAACAUCGAAACGUUAACCUACGUUGAUUUUAAGGCCCGGUUCAAACGUCGCAUUUCACCUGUACCCGAUUCAAUGCUAUUGUUAUGGCUAAAUUGUAAUAGAUUUGGCACGUGUGAAAUACGACGUUUUAAACCGAGCCUCAGUAAAAAACUCUUCCAUGUCACAGUAACAUAGUCAGAGAGAAAUGCUAAAAGGAAAAAUGAAAAUGUGGAAAGCCACUAGAUAGUACUUAAUUAGGUUUAUUAGUAAACCUGUCUAGUAUGCAUUCAUUUGCAAUAUAGGCAUACACCCUUGGCAUUUGCCUUUUUUUUUUGCCUUUAAGACGCUUGUGCUGCAAAUGAAUGCACCCCAUAGUGGUGUAUUAGUGAGCCUAAUUAAUUCCUAUUUAGCUAUUUCCCUUAUUUAUUUUUCCUUUUAGCAUUGUUUGAAGGGGUUAUGUCACACUAUUUCUUAGUUUCUUUUUACAAAGCCAAAACGUUUUUCACAUCAAUUGAAUUCCAAAAAUAAUGGUCAAAUUUAUUACCGGUAUUAAAAAAGCUGUUUCCUGUCGUCAAGAAUGGACAUGCGUUGAAACUUGAAAAAAGUUGGCUCAACUUUUCAAGUUUAAAUGCUAUGCCUGGAAAAAGUACCACAAAAUUUCCCAUAAUUAGUGUUUCGUGGUGAACGUUGUUUGCUAUCUUCUUCAUAACUCAGGGGCACCCAACGACGGUUUCCUCCUAAUACAUUGAAAGCACUUUUUAGGCUAUCCAGAGUAAUUUUAGUUCUCUAAAUUUAAGUAAUGACUCAAACACCUAAAACAGUGCUCGCACCUAAAUUAGCAAUAUCCUCGUGACAUAUCCACUUUAAGACGUCAUUGCCAUUAGUUGUAUAUUCUGUAAUCCACAGGUCGCCUUUGGAAUUCUGGGAACAGUAUGACUCUUCCGACAUGAAACUUAAUCCUGACAUGGUUGAAAACGCACAAAACAGAAAAGAAGUGAACUUUAAGAGGAUAAAACACAUGAAAGAAGGGGACUGGAAAAGCUGUGAUGUAGAGUUGAGUAUAAAAGCAGCUCUGGACUUUACUGAAGCCAGCAGUGUUGAAGUGGUAUUUUCUUUGCCAGUGAAUGCAGCAGAGAGAUAG